AUGGCGGACACACGCCCCGUCUUCUUCUUUGAUAUUGACAACUGUCUCUAUCCAAAGAGCAGAAGGGUUCAUGAUCACAUGGCCGAACUCAUCGACGACUAUUUCAUGAGGCAUCUGAAUCUGGACCGGGAUGAAGCUUACAGGCUUCAUACAGAGUACUACACGAACUAUGGUCUGGCCAUUGAGGGUUUAGUCCGGCAUCACGAGAUUGAUGCUCUGGAAUACAACCGUGAGGUCGAUGACGCUCUUCCCCUCGAGUCAAUCAUCUUCCCGGAUCCACUUCUACGGAAUAUGCUUCAGGACAUGGACAAGUCCAAAGUUAAGCUGUGGCUCUUUACUAACGCUUAUGUUAAUCAUGGUAAACGAGUGGUGCGCUUGCUUGGAGUUGAUGAUCUGUUUGAAGGAUUGACGUUCUGUGAUUACGGCCAGAGGCCAUUGAUCUGCAAACCCCACGAGGAAAUGUUUCAAAAAGCUAUGAAAGAGGCAGGUGUGACAGAUGUGAAGAAAUGCUACUUUGUUGAUGAUUCGGCGAUGAACUGUCGGAAGGCCCAGGAAAUUGGAUGGACUUCCGCUCAUCUCGUGGAAGGGGUGGACCCAUUGCCAGCCGUCCCAGCCGGCAAUUAUCAAAUCCGAUAUUUGAACGAGCUGAGAACGCUGUUCCCGCAAUUCUUCAAGUCCUCGUGA